CUACACAACAGAGAUAUAUCACUUCACUAAAAUAUUUUCAAAGUUCUCAAUUGAACCUGUUUCAUCCAGGCAUGGAGAACUCUGAUAGAAGAUUGUUUUUUUCUUUUAUGAAAAUGAUUUUCAUUCUUUGCUUGUUAUUAUGUUUCACAUCAAGUGUUGAAUCUUUAAACAAAAAAGUCUCUGGCUUUUAUGUAUUUGGAGAUUCCACAGUAGACCCUGGAAAUAAUAACUAUAUAAAUACACCUUUCAGAAGCAACUUUCCACCAUAUGGAAGAGAUUUUACAAAUCAUGUUCCUACUGGAAGAUUCUCUAAUGGAAAGCUAUCCACUGAUUUCAUUGCUGCUUAUGUAGGUGUGAAAAAAGAGCUUCUUCCAGCUUAUUUGGAUCCAAAUUAUAGGAACAAUGUUGAAGAGCUUAUGACAGGAGUUAGUUUUGCUUCUGCUGGUUCUGGAUAUGAUCCACUUACACCAACCAUCUCUAAUGUAAUUCCAAUACCAACUCAGGUGGAAUAUUUCAGAGAAUGCAAAAAGAAGAUGGAAGCUGUGAUUGGCAAACAAAGUACUGAAAAUCAUAUGAAGAAUGCAGUAUUUUUCAUGAGUGCUGGUACAAAUGACUUUGCUCUUAAUUAUUUUACUCUGCCAAUAAGAAGACAGAGCUAUACUACUAUAUUAGCCUACCAGCAGUUCUUGAUCCAACAUAUCAAACAAUUUUUACAGGAUUUGUUGGCAGAAGGAGCUAAAAAAAUUGCAAUAGCUGGAGUACCUCCAAUGGGAUGUCUACCAAUGAUGAUCACCAUGCAUUCCCCUAAUGCCUUUUUGCAACGUGAUUGUAUAGAAAAAUAUUCAUCCAUAGGUAGAGAUUUCAAUCAGCUCCUUCAACAUGAAUUACACCUAAUGCAAUUGCAGCUCAAUUUAUCUAGUCCAGAUGCUAAGAUCUAUUACAUUGACAUAUAUGGACCCAUAGCCAAUAUGAUCCAAGCCCAUCAAAGAUAUGGAUUUGAAGGUAUUAAUAGUGGAUGUUGUGGAAGUGGAUACAUUGAAGCAUCAAUUUUGUGCAAUAAGGCUUCAAGUGUGUGCCCUGACCCAUUUAAGUAUAUAUUUUGGGAUUCAAUUCAUCCAACAGAGAAGGCAUAUCACAACCUCUUCUUGACUUUCCAACCAACCAUUGAUUUCAUUGUUAACAACUAGGUUAAGUUCCUAGAAUAUGUUUGACCUCUUUUUCUUCUUAUCGGUUAUGGCCUCCCAAACUUAACCAUUUUUUUUUCUUUUCUUCUUUUUCUUACAAAAGAAAGUAAUAUUGUAAGUGCAUGUGUAUGUGUGACAUACGAAAUAAAUUGUGGGCAAUAUAUUAUGUAUAUCAACGUAGAUGAUUGUAUUAGAAUUAAUUUAAUUGGGAUUAUAAAAUAACAAAAAUUUAUAUUAGCAGUUUAA